UGACCGGGGCGGGGCCGCAGGAGCUGUAGGUGUUGCAGCUGGGUCGGGACAGGUGCGCGAGGCAGAGCGCCUAGGACCCGUGGCAGGGCUGGUAGCAGCACAGACGAAACACCGAUUUUAUCCAGGUGUUUCAGUAUCUGUAGACGAUGGAAUCAUCUCCAUUUAAUAGACGGCAAUGGACUUCAGUAUCAUUGAGGGUAACAGCCAAAGAACUUUCUCUUGUCAACAAGAACAAGUCAUCGGCUAUUGUAGAAAUAUUCUCCAAGUACCAGAAAGCAGCUGAAGAAGCAAACAUGGAAAAGAGGAGAAGUAACACUGAAAAUCUCCCCCAGCACUGCAGGAGGGGGAUCCUGACUGUGUUAAAGAAGAAGUGGGAGAACCCAGCCCCGGGAACAGAGUCUCACACAGACUCCCUGCGAAACGGCAGCUCUGAGGUCAGAAACGGAGGCAACCAUCCUGCCGGUGAAGUGGCUAGAAGCUCUGCCCCUGAGGCCGAAGCUGACCAGGAAGAAAAAGUCCACCCCAGACCUAGGCUCGGAUCACCUUCUGAAGCCCUUACUCAGUGGCCGAAUCUCCGCAUUGAGGGCAGCGAGCAUCUUAAAGACCACUCGAAAGAAAGUAAAAAAAUGGAAAAUUGUCUAGGAGAAUCCAGGCAUGAAGUAGGAAAGCCUGAAAUCAGUGAAAACACAGAAGCCGCAAACAAAAUAGAGAAAUACAAUGUUCCGCUGAACAGGCUUAAGAUGAUGUUUGAGAAAGGUGAACCAACUCAAACCAAGAUUCUUCGGUCCCAAAGUCGGAGUGCAGGUGGAAGGAGGAUCUCUGAAAACAGCUAUUCUCUGGAUGAUUUGGAAAUAGGCCCAGGUGAGUCGACAUCUUCUACGUUCAACGCAGAGAAAAGCGAGAGCAGGCGAAAUCUGGACUUACCGCGCCUGUCAGAAACCUCCAUAAAGGAUCGAAUGGCCAAGUACCAGGCAGCUGUGUCCAAGCAGAGCAACUCCAGCAGCUCCACAAAUGACUUGAGAGCCAGUGGCGGUGAAAUUAGAACUCAUAAAUUGGAGCAAAAGGAGAAUGUGCCCCCAGAUCCUGAGGUCUGCAUCUCCCAUCAGGUUGGAGAGAAGGUUUCUGCAACUGAGAAUAGCCUGGCAGUCCGUUCCACCCCUGCUGAAGAUGAUUCCCCAGGUAACUCCCAGGUCAAGAGUGAGGUCCAGCAGCCUGUCCAUCCUAAACCACUAAAUCCAGAUGCGAGAGCCUCCAGCCUCUCUGAAAGUUCUCCUCCCAAAGCAGUGAAGAAGUUUCAGGCACCUACAAGAGAGACUUGUGUGGAGUGUCAGAAGACAGUCUACCCAAUGGAACGUCUCUUGGCCAACCAGCAGGUGUUUCACGUCAGCUGCUUCCGUUGUUCCUACUGCAACAACAAACUUACUCUAGGAACAUAUGCAUCUUUACAUGGGAGAAUCUACUGCAAGCCUCACUUCAAUCAGCUCUUUAAAGCUAAAGGCAACUAUGAUGAAGGCUUUGGGCACAGACCACACAAGGAUCUGUGGGCCAGCAAAAAUGAAAAUGAAGGGACUUUGGAGAGACCAGCCCAGCUUCCAAAUGCAGGGGAGACCCCUCAGAGCCCAGGAGUAGAAGAUGCCCCCAUUGCUAAGGUGGGUGUGCUAACAGCAAGCAUGGAAGCCAAGGCCUCCUUUCAGUCAGAGAAAGAAGACAAGCCAGCUGAAACCAAGAAGCUGAAGAUCGCCUGGCCGCCCCCCACUGAACUUGGUAGUUCAGGAAGUAUCUUGGAGGAAGGGAUCAAAGUGUCCAAGCCCAAGUGGCCUCCUGAGGAUGAAAUCAGCAAGCCUGAAGCUCCCGAGGACGUAGAUCUGGAUCUGAAGAAGCUAAGACGAUCUUCUUCACUGAAAGAAAGAAGCCGCCCAUUCACUGUAGCAGCUUCAUUUCGAACCACUUCAGUCAAGAGCCCAAAAAUCUCGUCCCCACCUAUAAGGAAAGGCUGGAGCAUGUCAGAGCAGAGUGAGGAGUUUACAGGAGGAAUGACAGCAGAAAAGAAACAAGUGGAAAAUGCCAAUACCUCCGAAAAGAAUGGUAGUGUGGGAAAAACAACCUGGCAAAACCAGGAAUCUGGAGGAGGGGAGAGAGGGGGGAAUAGUAAGGAAGAUCAUGGUUUUGAGAUGGGGAGUGAGAAUCUUACAGAAAAUGGUGCAAACUUUGAUGAAGAUGAUAGAAAUCUCAAACAGCAGUCUCCGCUAGAACCCAAGUCUACAAAUUGGUCCAGCUUUGCAGACAAUACCUCCCCUAAAGAAUUCACUACCCAAAAUCAGAAAUCCCAGGAUGUGGGAUUCUGGGAGGGAGAAGUAGUUCAAGAGCUGUCUGUGGAGGAACAGAUAAAGAGAAAUCGGUACUAUGAUGAGGAUGAGGAAUGACAGACUGCAAAGGGUGCUGGGCCUUAAAUUUGUGUUAGUGUUAGUGAGCCACUGCCCUUUCUCAAAGUGAUGCACAUACACAGGUAUCUUAGCAUGAACUGUAAUUUAUAUGGAAGUAAUUUUGGAAGAGUUCUUGCUUAAAAAAAAAAAAAAAAUCCCAUAAAAAAAAAAAACUAAAAAAAAAAAAAAAAUCCCAAACUGAAGCUUAAGUGAACCAAUUGUAAGUGCUAGAGAUGAUAUUACUUAAGUCCUCUAUUUUAGCAAUGAUGAUAUACAUAAGUGCUUUAAGGUCUUAUGGUGAGGGGGGGAAUAUGCCAACUGAUAAAUCCAGACUCCACUGUAUUCCCAAAAGGCAAUACAAAAAUAGAUGAUUAGUAGCACAUUGUUAUGCUAAAAAUUCAUUUAUGGAAUUAGGGAACAUACAGAAGGGGUUUAGGGACCUAAACAUUAUGACUGAAUGCACUUUAGCAUAAAGGGCACGGUUUGUAUAUUUUUAAAUGAAUACCAAUUUAAUUAUUUAGUAUUCGUCUGUUAAGAGAUCAAAUAUUUAAUCUUUAAAACAUUUUUUAGGUUAAUUUUCUUACUUUGGUAUAUAUGGGGAAUUUAUUGCUAUGCAUCCCUUUCUCUAAACCAUAUCCUGAACUGGAUUAUUGAGAUAAUAACACAACCAUUCUUUGGGGGCACUUUUUGAGCACAUUUGGUGCUUGCUGAGAUCUGCUAUCUCUCAAUUAAGCUCUGGUAUUUGCCAAUGAGUUUGACUACAUCCCAGUUGAUUGCUUUCUUCUUUGGUGGUAUCUGUGCAGCUCAUAAUUUACUGAAAGCUGCAAUAUUUUUAUAAGAUCUUUUGUAUUGUUGUUUGCCAUGUUGCACGUUAAAGCCAAAUGAGGAGUUUAAAGGAGGAACAACAGAAAAAACUGCCUUAAACCACUGGAGCCCAGACCCCCAAGCCCAAUAGUCCACUUCUGAUAUCCCCUUUCUGGGAUGCUAGUUUUUUUUAAUACUUAUCAGCUCUGAAAUGUAUUGAUUUUUAUGGCAGACAGUAUUUCCAGGGUGCAUUAAACCAAUUAUAGGCCUUUUUUGGGAAGAUGGUAUUCUAGUAGUUAAGGUUUUAGAACAUUAUAAACUUGAGUACAUUUGUUGUACAUAAUUGAUAUUCCAAAUUGUAUGUGGGGGAGAGAGGUAUUUUAAGCUAUAGACUUUUCUUUGUACUGCAUUUUUAGAGAUUUAGCCCUAAUAUUUUUUAGAGAUGUAAAAUAUUCUGCUUUCUUACAGUCUUGCUUAGUCUGAAACAUUUUUAUUCAAUAAAGCUUUUAAUUUA